AUGAAGUACCGCAAGCUCUCCGUGGCCUCGCCCUCCUCAGUGGCAUCCAAGACGAUGGCUGUAGAUGAUGGGGCUAUUUCGGAAGUUUCCACUGCAGUGAGUUCGAAUGAUGGUGCUGUAGGGGCUGCAAAGGUUGAGAAGCUUAAUGCUAUCUUCUUACGGCUGAAGCAGCAAAGCUUGAAGAAGACCCCGGACCAGAUGCGCAACACCUUUGUGGUCCCACCAGCGGUGCUGAGCAGCAUCCAGGACAUGUCCAAGAGCUUGGCCCCCGAGCCAUUCCUGCCGAGUUCCCAGUGGAAGGGGGAGUACGAGAGCGAUCAUGAAGAUGUGGAGCAGGAGGAUUGCGAGCCGAUUCAGGAUGCUGAGCCUAAGGCAACAGCCAAGGCUAUGGCUAAAAGGAAGGCCAUGGCUGUCCGGGAUGCUGCUGCCCCACCUAAAGUGAGGAUCGAGGUUGAUGCUCCGCAUGGGGAUUGCGAUUAUGUGCCCGGCGAGUUUCGGAAGAGGAAGAAAGCCUAUUGUCGGGAGUGCACGGAGGAGGGGUACCUGAAUUAUUGGGAAGCCCUUCAGGCUUGGAACUUCAGUGAUGAGAGGGCGCAGUUGUUGAGCAACCUUUCGCCCAGCGAGCUCAGUCGCCGAAGGUUCGACUGA